AUGGGCUAUACACCUCAACAGCCACCUCAACAGCAAGUCGGUAUGGAAAGGUUCUACGAGCCUCGUAAUGUUCAAUUGACUCCUCGAGCCCGUCAACCUUGGGCAGAAAAAGGGUCCUGCCAGUCCAACACCUAUGUCGAUCAUCUCAACUCUGAGAUGCGCAAUUCUUUAGACUAUCCUGGCCAGAGAUGUACUCAACAAGGGACAUAUCAGCAUCAGAUCUGUCAACAGAAAUCGGCGGAUCUUGGAUGUCCUGCCGCUAAUUCACGGUACUUUGAUCCCCAACUUGCACCUUCAUCCAGCCAAUCUUACAUGGAUCUGCCUCCGCCUGGUUACGAUGAUGUUUUACACCAUCAAAGUCGCACCUUGCCGGGAGCUUCUGGUACCUCAUCACUUCAGGGAUCAACACCAGCCUGCAACGGCAAAUUAAACAAACCCAUUGCUAUUCCUGCGACACAAGCAACUCUUGGUUCACCUUUUCUACGCGCUUAUCCACCUGUGCUCCUCCACUUCGACAUCCCGCGAGACAUCUUUUUACAAUUUCUCGAUGGCCUAAAUCGAGCUGCAGUGGCUUCACCACCAAUUCAGGUUCUAGGUCUCGCGGGAAACAUUGUCUCCAUGGUCCCACUGCACACUACGCAAAUUGUGGGCGGCGCCGUCAAUGCUGCUGCCAGACUGGGAACCGUCGCCGUGUCAAAGGGGCGAGUAGAGGCCCAUCUACGCGAGGCAAACAGGGAGAUAUUCGGUCCCAAGGGAUUGAAAGCGGAAAUAGCUAAACUUGAUGCCCUGGCCGCCGUAGCAAAGAUGCCCAUUCUCGGUCCUGAUGGCAAAAUCGACAAGGAUCUCCCUCUUCUACGAGAUUUCGAAGAUGGCGAAGACACACUCACCCUGCCAGCACAGCAUAGGCGGGUCCUUGCAUUGGAGCGCUGGGUCGAGCGAUUAGAAGUUCUUGGUCUUCCUGCUGCGGAAAGGGCAUCGAAUCCUAUUAGUCGGAUGCACGCAUCGGCGAGUGAGCGCCAACGGCGCAAGGAAGAGGAAAAGCUCGGUAAAGAAAGAAUGAAGGGGCAGAAAGAAUGGCAAAAAGAGAGCAAAAAGCUGGAACAGGAAUAUAACAAAAAGAUGCGUGAGUUGGAACGAGAUGAGAAGAAGGCUCGCAGAAAGGGCGACGAUGAUAAGUUGGAUAGAAUUGAGGAGAAGAGGGAGAGAAUGCAGGAGAAGUUUGGCACCAGGAUGGAGAAGGGGGGGGAACGCGGAGAACAGAGGAGAAGAGAAAUUGUUGAGAAAGAUUUGCUUCUUGAUGAUUACAAAUGUAUGAGGGUAUUGGUUAGUAUAUUGGGAUGGAGUUAA